ACUACACGGUUAACUUGUAUAGCUUUGAGUAGUUCGACCUGUUAAGUUACAUGCGCAUUAAAAUGUUGUGGAAAUGUGGAUUGAUCAUUUUGGCCAUAGUGUCAAAUAUAUAUUACACAGGCGCCCAGAAUCCAGUCUUGACAUCUAACGCAACAUCGGUGAAGGUAAAUGAAAGCAUACUAUUAACCUGCACACAUCCGACUGCAACAGUUGUAAGAUGGUGGCGUCAACCAGCAGGGGAAAAUUCCUUAUCUCUUAUCCUUGCAAUGAACAACCAGUGUGAGUUUAUACCUACGACCAUACCAGAUGUAUUUUCAACCUGUGUGUGCAGCGGAACGACAUUUAUGUGCACAUUGAGACCCCUGGACACAAUCAAUAAUGAAGACAAGUGGAAGUGUUCGGUUACAGAAAACAAACAACACAUAUUCAGUAUUGAAACAACAAUAAUAAUAACAGUUCCCGUAGCAUAUGCAAACCUGACCUCAGAUGUACCUACAAUAUCCGUUUUACCCAACGUGGCAAUCAGCUACAUCCGCUGUGUAUCAUCAGUAGGACGUCCAGCACCCAGUAUCACGUGGUACUUGGACAACAAAACUCCUUCUAACUACAGUGAUGAUGUGGACCUAACUUUGAAUAGCAGCAGUUUAACAGUGGCUGAUGUGACAACAAGUAUUCUUUCAAUGAUGCUUUUCGCAAACUAUCAUGAUGCAAGGAUUUACUGUAAUGUCUCUAACGGAUUUGGGCAAAUCAUGUCCAACAGGACUCUGAAAAUCAAUGUGUUAAGCUAUCCCACUAAGCCGACAAUAUAUUACAAUACGGUAAUUGUACCAUCAAGUAUAUCUGUGAUAAAAAGCACUUCUAUGACGCUAGAAUGUUCGUCGUCCGGCAAUCCGGAGCCGAGCUUUUUAUGGACCUUAUUUAACGGCUCUCUAAUAAGCAGCUCGGUCAUAACAUUUAAAGUUGCAACAAAUAACGACAAAGAACAAAUAGUCUGCAGUGCCGCCAGUGUUUUGGAUCCAACGAAUGGACCGAGGAUAUCAGCUGGAAAUACAACAGUGAUUACUAUGAAUACUUUAUAUGCUCCUGAGACGCCACAAUUCAGUUUUCAAACGUGUGAAAUGUAUUCCCAAACUAAUCAUCUGAAGGUAAUCCGAGGUCAUUCCGUCUCUGGCAGAUGUACUGUGAAGAGUGAACCGGGCUCAACGUUUUUAUGGACACCAGCCAAUAGUGGAAUUGGUGAUGGUUUCUUUAUCAACAACGUCAGUAGAGAGCACAGCGGCAAUUAUACGUGCAUUGCCAAUAAUGAAAUGAACACAACAUUUGGUGGGAUUAUCAAUGGAAUAAAUAAGUCCAACUUUUAUUUAAACGUCUUAGUACCGGCUGAUGCUCAAUUCAUUGGCAAUAUUACGGUUUUAUGGAACACAACGUCAUCAGUCACCUGCCCCUACACGCCUGGAAACCCACCGGAAACGCGAUUCUCGUGGUUCCGCGGAAAUACCUCAGUUGGAUCUCAUCAAAAUCUGUCUCUGUCUAAUGUGCAGCUCUCAGGCGAAGGAUAUUAUAAAUGCAGAGUAAACAACACUAUGGACCCUACGGGAUGUUCCACUCAGGAGACAUACGAUGAAACAUCAUUUUACGUGGAUGUGCAAUAUCCUGCUAAGAUAAGUAGCUUUUAUGUCGACGGGUCAAAUUUCGCAUCUAGUGUAACUAUCAACGAAAGUCAGACUGUGAUGCUACUCUGUGAAGCUGACAGUGACCCAUUGGCUAAACUAGAACUCGUAAAUAUAUCGAAAGGUGAUGAGCGCUUAUUGGUGAAAGCGCAGAACAACACAAUAUCCGCUCUUGUGGCAAAUGCACGGUGUGAAUUUGAUAUGGGAGUCUAUCAAUGUAAAGGAAAGAACGACCAUAACACAGUUCAACAGGUUCGCGAACUAGAGAUCAAAAUAACAUGCUCACCAAGAUCUUCACCAUUUGCUCCACCGAUUACCACAGUAUAUAAAAGGGAAAAUGCAUCAGCUAUUUUAUCGUGCACUUUCGUGGCUUAUCCUCCCCCAAAUGACGCUUCAGCAUAUGUUUGGCGUAAGCAGGUAGAUGGUGAAUGGGUAACACUGCACAAUAUCAGCAGGUUCCAAAUUAUAUUAUCGAACGACAGUCUGCAGACGAACCUUUCAAUAUCUCAUCUACAAAUUGACGAUUUUACAAACUAUUCGGUCCGUGUGAACAAUACUGUUGGAUCUACAGAGCAAACAUUUGUCAUUAGAGCAAAUGAGCAGCCCUCUAUGCCACAACAACUUCAUGUCGUCGACGCCAUGGUGACUCAAAAUUAUAUCGAAGUUAAAUGGACACCUGGAUUUAAUGGGGGUGAAGAACAAUGGUUCGUGAUCGGUUACAAAAAGGCAGCAGAUGAGAGCUGGACUUACAUUAACGUAUCUUCAAUAGUUACUCAAUUGAGUAUUGGGGACUUAGUUGCGGGUACCAAGUAUGAAGUUAAAAUGUACGCAGAGAAUAUAAUUGGAAAAUCGGAUGACACAAUUGUAUUAAGUGUGACAACACAGUCUGUUAUUUCAGAUGGAAGAAAUUCGCCUCUCGCGGCAAUUGGAGGUGUCGCUGGAGGAGGGAUAGCGGCAAUAGUUCUCAUCAUAAUUGUUGUUGUCGUUAUUCGGAAGCGUAGAAAUAAUGAAACAAUGAAAGAACAUCCGCAAAGGACCUCCAAGUCUAAGAAAAAGCAAAAUACAGUGUAUGUAAACUCCUUGUUUGGGACUACAAGUGAAGAGGGAGUCAAGAAAGAAGCAACGGCUGGUAUUAUAAUUAAUUCAACCAAACAGCGUGACAAUAACAAAUCAUCGCCUCAAUUGGGAGACGGACUACAAAGAACCCCGUCAUUUGUAAUUGUACAUGAACCAUUGUAUGGAAAUGCCGGUGAUUUCACGUUGAAGAUUCGGUCUAUACAAAUCCAGGAGCUUCGAGUAUUUACUUUGCAAAGUAAAAAAGACCCGACAGAUAUAUUCAGGAAUUUCUACUCUCUGGACACUGGACUUAAAUUCGAAACGUCCGUUGCUCGAAUCGAUGUAAAUUUACCGAAGAACCGGUACAGAAAUAUGUAUCCUUACGACAAAAAUAGGGUUGUUCUGCCUGCUUUUGACGGAGAAGAAUCCGAUUUUAUCAACGCCAGUUUUAUUGAUGGUUAUGGCAAAAGAAAGAAAUACAUCGCAGCGCAAGGACCGUUAGAACGCACAAUACCAGAUAUUUGGCGCAUGAUUUUGGCAGAAAAUAUAAAAGCUGUGGCAAUGGUCACAAAUACAAUUGAAGAGGGGAAGCGAAAGUGCUUCCAGUACUGGCCUGAAGAUACGCGAAACCCUUGCAAGCAUGCACAUUUCAAUAUAUCAUUGAUUGAACAAGAGAACUACGCCGACUUCGUAAUUCGAAAACUACAAUGCGUCCAUGAAAAGUCCAAGAAGGUGCACACGGUUCACCAGUGUCACUUUACUGCAUGGCCCGACACAGACGUGCCAGACACAGCUCUAUCGUUGUUACAAUUCUGGCGCAAAGUGCAUUCUUUUGCCGAUACUGUGACGAGCCCAUUGCUUGUGCACUGCAGCGCUGGCGUUGGGCGAACCGGUACCUGUAUUGCACUUGAUUACCUUUACGAUCAAGGGAUCGCAGUGCACGAAAUAAACGUGCAUGAAGCUGUUAAAGCACUGAGGGAUCAACGUAUCAACAUGGUACAGACCAAGAACCAGUAUCUGUUCUUACAUGAAGUUCUGUGUGAAGUAUUAGAUCCGAUCGGAAAGGUUGUCCAGAACAAAGAAUAUCUGACGACAAAUUUCGUGAUGCAUAGUGGUAUUGGCAGCGAAUUCAAGCGAAUACGCGAGGCCGAAGAAUUUAACGCAACACAAGCCACUAACGACAAACUUGCUGCUGAAGAUCGCUUUAAACCAAUGCUGCUGCAUUCUACUACAGGAGAUAGCAACUACGUUAACGCAGUCUAUAUCAAUACUUUCCGAGAACGGAACAAAUUGAUCUUAACUCCUGGAACCACAGAUGGGAGCACAGACGUUGAUUUCCUUUGGUUACUGCACGACCAUAAACUUAAAACAGUCGUUAUACUGAAUGAAAAGAUGGAAUCCUAUAUUCCCGAUCAAGGCAGAAAUACUGUAACCGGACCAUUCAGUGGGAAAUUGGUUUCAAAAAGCACACAAAGUCAUUACGAGGAGCUAGUUGUAAAAUAUCAAUAUUACGCAGAGCAUGAAAGUUUUGAUGUUCGAUUUCUCCUUUUCUCGUCAUGGCAAAAGAAGACCAAAGUGUGCAAGAUAUCAGAUUUAAUGCAUUUGUUGAUUGGUGCCCAAGACCUUGCGUCUGAUUGUCAAAUGGUUGUCCAGUGUCGUGACGGAAACACCCGCAGUGGUCUGUUCGCGGUUUUGUGGUGUAUUGUGGAGAGGAUUAAACGGGACGGGGAAGUGGCCGUGGCGGAAAGCGUUAGGAUGGUCAAGCGUCGAUGUCAACGAAUUAUUCCUAAUGAGGAGCAAUAUCGGUUUUGCUACGAGUUCGCAAAGCAAUAUGCGGAUGGCUGCAAUACAUACGAAAAUACAGAGGACGGAAUUAGAGGAAAAAAAUAAAA